AUGGAUGUGUCAAAUGAGACGAUGGAGAGAACAGAUCUCCGGAGACCUUUGGUGGAGCAAAAACCUCCGUUGGACGUCGGACUCGAGAGCGUUUUAACGGAGAGUAGUCUUCCGUACAGGACGCGCAUGUACUUAGGCGCGUGCAUAGAAAUGAAACUACUUUUCCGGUUAGCACUUCCGGCGAUACUUGUCUACUUAGUCAACAGCGGAAUGACUAUCUCCGCACGAAUCUUCUCUGGACAUAUAGGCGGUCAAGAACUCGCCGCCGCGUCCAUCGGAAACAGCUGCUUCAGUCUCGUCUAUGGCCUCAUGUUAGGUAUGGGGAGUGCAGUCGAGACUUUAUGUGGACAAGCAUAUGGGGCCAACCGCUAUGAUAUGCUUGGGAUCUAUCUCCAAAGAGCAACCAUUGUCCUCUUCCUAGUUGGUUUGCCCAUGACAUUACUAUACACCUUCUCGUACCCGAUUUUACUUCUAUUAGGCGAACCCAAAACGGUGUCGUACCUGGCAUCUUGUUACAUCGCCGGACUCAUCCCUCAGAUCUUCGCUUAUGCCGUCAACUUCACGGCCCAAAAAUUUCUCCAGGCUCAAAGCGUGGUGGCCCCUAGCGCAUACAUCUCAGCCGCCGUUCUUCUCCUCCAGAUAUCGCUGUCGUGGAUCACCGUUUACGUAAUGGGCCUCGGUCUGAUGGGAAUUGCUUAUGUUCUUACUAUCUCUUGGUGGGUCAUAGUUGUGGCCCAGAGUUUGUAUAUUACAACGAGUCAAAGGUUUAGACACACGUGGACUGGUCUUAGUUGGAGAUCGUUCCAAGGUCUUUGGAGCUUCUUCAAACUCUCUGCUGGCUCUGCUGUUAUGAUUUGUCUUGAAAUGUGGUAUUCACAGAUUCUGGUUCUUCUUGCCGGUUUGCUCAAAGAUCCUGCUCUCUCUCUAGAUUCUCUCUCCAUCUGUAUGUCAAUUUCAGCAUUAUCCUUCAUGGUCUCGGUAGGCUUCAAUGCAGCUGCAAGUGUGCGGACAAGUAAUGAGCUUGGAGCAGGAAAUCCGAAAUCGGUGUUGUUCUCUACAUGGACAGCGACAUUUGUUUCCUUCGUGAUCUCCGUCGCGGAGGCUCUCGCCGUGAUGGCAUCACGUGAUUACAUCAGCUACAUUUUCACAUCGGAUGCUGAGGUAGCUAUGGCCGUAUCUGACUUAUGUCCAUUUCUCGCCGUCACCAUCAUUCUCAACGGAAUCCAGCCCGUCUUGUCCGGAGUGGCUGUGGGAUGUGGAUGGCAGACGUACGUGGCAUAUGUGAAUGUUGGCUGUUACUAUAUUGUUGGUAUUCCCGUUGGCUGUAUUCUCGGCUUCACUUUCAAUUUUCAAGCCAAGGGAAUAUGGACCGGGAUGAUUGGAGGUACCCUCAUGCAGACGCUCAUCUUACUUUACGUCACCUAUCGAACAGAUUGGGAUAAAGAGGUGGAAAAGGCGAGAAAGCGAUUGGAUAUGUGGGACGAUAAGAAGGAGUCUCUUCAAAACUAA